UUGCAUUUUGUUUUUGAUCAAGAAGUUAAAAUCAAGAAAGGAAACUUCAGUAAGUUACAUAACAUAUCUUUUUUUUUUUAUAUAUAAUUUUUUUCAAUUUCAGAUGCGAGUGCCCUUCAGCAAAACAAAGAAAUAUUUAUUGUUUCUCCAAAUAAAAUCCUCUUGAAGGGUUGCAGACAACACCAUGACGCCUUCUUGCGGACGAUUUUUUCAUCAGGAGAACACCAAUCCUUUAAGGUGAGAAAUGUUGACUAUUUUUCUAUAUUUUUCAACAAUAUUUUCUUUCAGGAACAUCGUAGACGUUGGAUUUUCCCGUUCGAUUGCCCUGGGAUCGUUCGAUUUUCAAUGUCGGUGAUCAAGAAGAAGAUAUAUACGGAGACCAACCUGGCUCGAGAUGAUGGUGAAAAUAACGAAAAUUUUUGAAAUAGUCGAUGCCACAACGGAAAUGAAGGACUUAUCAGAAAUUGCCGAUUUCGUCGUUGUCAUUCGAGUUCCCAAAAAUUCUUAUGGGUUGACGAAUCAUUGGACUGAUGGAUAA